AUGGACAAAAUUGAAUACGUUAACAAGGCGAAUGAAAUCUUCAGUGACAUGGAGGCCUAUACCCUUAUUGCUGAAAAUCCGACUAAAAAGCAAACCGCAGCCAUCAAAAAGAAGGUUAAUGAGCUCGUUCGUUUGAAAAUUAUCAGUCCAGAUGACUCCAAGUUGAUGACCCUCAGUGAUCCCCACAUCGCACACGCGUAUGGCCUCCCGAAAGUGCACAAAGUGGAUGUCCCCCUGAGGAUUAUAGUGCCACUUAUCGGACCACCCAAUUACAAUAUGGCUAAGUGGUUAUACAGUCGUCUGAAGCGGCUCACUUAUGGAUCGGACUACAGCAUCAACAACUCUCAAGCGUUCCUCCGCAGGGUACAAGGCCUCAAAGUAAGUACCGAUGAAUGCUUCCUGUCCUUUGACGUCGUUGCCUUGUUUUCUUCCAUACAACACGAUUUGGCGAUUGAAUGCGUAACCCAACGCCUACAGAACAAUCCUAUUGAGAUCCCAACGCAGCAUGUUAUAGAACUGCUAAAUCUUUGCCUUAGGAGCUAUUGUCAAUUUGAUAAUAGGUACUACCAACAGGUAAAGGGAACCCCGAUGGGCUCACCAAUAUCAGGACUUCUCGCCGAACUAGUUUUGCAGCGACUAGAAGAGGUAGUCUUCCAAGCUAUCAAGCCUAAACUAUGGCUUCGUUACGUUGAUGACACCUUUGUCAUAAUAAAGAAGUGCGAAGUCGAACGUCUUCACCAGAGACUGAAUGACGUUUUCCCAGCCAUACAGUUUACCCGCGAAGAGGCAAUUGGAGACAGCUUGCCGUUUCUGGACGUGAGAAUACAGAAGUUGAGCGAUGGUGCCCUGGCAACAAGCGUCCAUAGGAAAGACUCUAACUCUGAGAUUAUCCUCAACUAUGGAAGCAACCACCCCGCAGCUCACAAAAGAAGCUGCGUCCGAACUCUGUUCCACCGGGCCUAUUGUUAUUGUAACAGCAACGGUCUCCUGAACAAAGAGCUUGCUCACCUGUAUCGGUUAGUCCGCUCUAACGGAUAUCCGAUCAGUUUUGUAAAGAACUGUCUCAGGCACCAGACACAGUCGCAAGACCCCACCCCCAACGGAGAGAUUGUGACGCGAAAAUUCUACUCCUUGCCAUAUAUGCGUGGAACUUCCGAAAUAAUCGCUCGGCAGUUCAGCCGCUUGGGUAUUCACGUUGCCCACAAACCGGCAUCUUCACUGCGCGCAGCAAUAUCUCGAGUGAAGGAUCCCAUCCCCAAAGAGCAACAAACGAAUGUAAUUUAUCGUAUCCCGUGCGCUAAUUGCUCUUGCGUGUAUGUUGGCCAUACAGGUCGAUGCCUGGGCACCCGUAUCAACGAACACAAACUAGCUAUCCGUCGGCGAGACCCCCUGUCCCUCGUCUUCGCCCAUGCACUCGAGUACGAUCACCGAUUCAAUUGGGAUGGCACUAAGGUCGUCGCCAUGGCUAACACAAAGCGAGCGAGGGAAUUUCUCGAGGCUUGGUACUCCGAUGCGGGUAGUAUCAACCGCCACGUUGAUUUAGAUGCCCAUUACGAGGGUAUACGUUCAAGAAUGACUGCCGCCUGCCCUAAUCACGCAUCAACGACCGCGAAUACAGCCGCCCGCAUUCCAACUGAUUCACCACCCGCCCUCCCCCUCCAGCACGGUGUGCCGUAA